AUUGAAUUUUGUUUCUCUAACGUGUCACGUUGAUUUUCACAAAACUGAGCCACCACAGUAAUGCCAACAACUUCAAAGCUCCCCUCACUUCAACUGAAAACGUAAAAGCUGUAGUGCCGUCUCGUUCUACACCACAGCCAUGGCGGUGUCUGUCUCUGCGACAACACGAACCAAUGGCUGCACCGCCAUUUCCUCCUGCACCAUCCCCCAAACCCCAUUUUUUCAAAAUCUCAGCUUUCCCUUAAAUUUCAGGCCCAUACCAACCAACUCAUUCCACCUUCCAAGACUCAAAAGAAUGCUUGCCAUCUCCAACUCCAGAGGAACUGAGUCAAAUGUUUUGAAUGAGAAGAAUGUGAAUGUGUUGGACAAUGUGAAAGUGUAUGAUUUGAGUGGAAAAGGAGUUCCUAUUUCUGAUUUGUGGAAAGAUAGAAGAGCGGUUGUUGCAUUUGCCCGCCAUUUUGGUUGUGUGCUUUGCCGCAAAAGAGCAGAUGAUCUUGCUGCAGUAAAGGAUAAAAUGGAUGCGGCGGGUGUGGCACUUGUCUUAAUUGGGCCGGGUAAUGUUGAUCAGGCAAAGACAUUCCGUGCACAAACUGAAUUCAGAGGAGAAAUUUAUGCGGACCCCAGCCAUGCAUCAUACACAGCAUUAAGAUUUGUGUCUGGCGUUUCAACCACAUUCACUCCUGGGGCAACAAGGUGGAACUAUUGUUGCAGGUCCGGGUAAAACUAACUUAUUGUACAUCCACAAGGAUAAAGAAGCAGGAGAUGAUCCACCAAUCACUGAUAUCCUAAGGGCUUGUUGCAUGCAAGGAUGAAUAUGUCUGCAUCUUGAUUUUACCAAAAAUAUCGAAGUGUCCAAAUCGUUAUAUCUUUGAAAUUGCACAUAAAAUUUGUAGAAUAUUUGUAAUUAUUUAUUACACAAAUCUACAUACAAAAGCAUUGGAACCAUAAUUCCAAGUAGUUUGUACCAUCAAAGUAAUAGUGUGGAAUUACAGAAUACAUGUAACAUGUCUACUAAUACCAAAUGAUUGCCUAUGUAGUUCAAGACUGUCAUCUUUGCCCACAAAUGAUAUC